AUGGCAACGCUUCGUCUCAUGUACUUUGGACAUGACAUCAGGAAGGAAGAGUCCCUGGAGAAGGACAUCGUGCUUGUCUCACUGGUGAACCUGCCCCAGAGGUGGAAAACUAACUGCUUGAUACCGACUGUCCACAGGGUGGUGGCUGAUGUGCUGUACAACGUCUUACCUGUAGAGCUGAUGCCACGAGAGGGAGCAUCUGUGCCAGAUGCAAAUCUGAGCGAGAAGGAGAAAAUAUGCCUCUUAACUCCACCUUUGUUGAAGUUUAAGCUAGAAAAGGACAUCAAUAGACUUCACGCCAUUGCAGACCAAGUUGGCACAACCCACCAGAUGUUCACCAAGACCAGCCUGGUGGCUAGCUCCAUGGGAGCUGUCCCUGGAGUCAUGAGCAUUCUGGGUUUGGUCCUAGCACCUGUGACAGCAGAAGGGUGUCUGAUGGUCUCGGCAGCUGGGUUGGGGCUGGGGCAGUAGUGACUGUCACCAGCGUUGAGGAGUGUCUUAGAAAAUAGAAGCAAUUCAGCGGCAAGAGAAGGAGCCAGCAGACUGAUGCUUAUCGCAAUGACAUCAGGGUGUGAGGCUUUUGGGGGACUAGAUUUGCCUAAAGUCAAAGCUGCUGGGUUGUGUGUUGUUGCUAACUGUGCAAGAGUUAUCAAGAGCAUCAAGGAACUGUGCGCCUGUCGUAUGUUCAAAGCCAACUCUGGCUUCAGGGCUGCCGUCAAGAAUUUUUUAGCCAUGGGCCAAAUCCCCUUUUGGAGGGGCAGAGAGGCCCAGAAAGCCUUUGAUAGCACAGCCCUGGCCAUGACCAAGGAUGCCUGGGUGAUGGGUGCUGCUGGGGCUGGCCUUUCCCUUACGCAAGGUAUGAACAGCCUCCUGCAGAGCUGGAAGCGCCUGGAGGAGGGGGCAAAGGCCCGGAUGGCCGAGGAACUGAGGGCAUAUGAAGCGGCAAAGGAGCUGGAGCAGCAGCUGAGCCGGUACACCCAGGGCCAUGAGCAGCUGCUGCAGAAGGGUGCCGGGCCUGUUCCAGGGUUUCCAGGCAAGGCCAUGCAAGGAACCCACUUAGGAAGGGGUGAAGAAUGCAGAUGGAACCUGGCUCAGUGGUAG